AUGGCCCAAGUCCCGGUGCAGACGAUCCAUCGGGAUCCCCAGCUCCUUUACUGGAUCCUAUUCCCGAUCACGGUGGUCAUGGUCUUGACCGGCAUCCUGCGUCACUACGCCACGGUUCUGCUCGCCACCGCACCCAAGAAGCUCGACAAGCCCGCGCUCAAGGAGCAGCGCAGCCUGAUGCAUGGCGUCACGGUCCGCACCAACCACCACGUCCUGUCCAAGAAGUCCUUUGAGGCCCGCCGCGAUGCGCUCGUCGCGGCGUACGAGUCCGGCGCGUACUUGAAGAACCCGGAUCAGAAGGGCCAGCCGCCCGCGAAUCCGCUUACCGACCCUGGCGCGAUGGACGGGAUGAUGGGGAUGAUGAAGAAUAACAUGGCCAUGAUUAUUCCCAACACGUUGAUCAUGAGCUGGAUCAACGCCUUCUUCAGCGGAUACGUCAUUAUGAAACUACCCUUCCCUAUCACCAUCAAGUUCAAGAGCAUGCUUCAGGCGGGUGUGGCGACCAAGGACAUGGAUCCCCGCUGGAUGUCCAGUAUCUCCUGGUACUUCCUCUGCAUCUUUGGUCUGCAGUCUGUCUUCGUUUUCAUCUUGGGAAGCGACAACGCUGCCAGCCAGAUGGCCCAGCAAAUGGGGCAGAUGGGAGGUGCCGCUGGUGCCCCUCAGAUGUUUGGACCCGGUGUCGACCCUGACAAGCAGUUCAAGGGCGAGGCGGAGAACAUUGCCGUCGUCGACCACUACUCUGUUUUGGAUGAUGUGGAGUCAAGACUGCUUGCGGGUAUCAAGUCAUAG